AAUCCAAUUUUCUAUUCACACAAUCCGAAAAUCCCGUCUAUACCUAGGUACUCUGGUCUGACUGCGUGGACUCGCAUUAUUUUUAGUACUGUACGUAUAGUUCUGCGGUGGACCACAAAUAAUCGACAUUUUACUGUACAUUUAAAACAUAUAUUAUACCAUUUAAAAUUGCCUAGAUCGCUUAUCGCAGUAAUAUUUCAUUACCGAAUAAUACUAUAGACGGUAAACUAUGAAUAAUUAUAUGCGGUCGCCGGUCUUUCGUUUAUGUCCUUUGCGACCUUUUGUAGCAGUAUUAUCCGCGUGUCGUACAGGUACAUAGCGUUCAGAUCCACCCACAACAAAUUCAAGUUAAAACAGUUUACAAUCACAUCGUUUAGCAAUGGCGAAUAACCAAGAAGCAAUGCAAGUAUGUUCCUUGCCUUUACCGCCUGUGCAAUACUUCCAAAAUUAUUCAGACGAAAACAUUAGAAGAGGUCGAGCUUCCAAGCCUCCACCAAUAAUUCAAGAAACAUACACAAUGUUUGGAAACCCAUAUAAUGCUGAAGAUAGUAUAAUAAGACCUUUAGAAAGUCAGGGUUUUAAACGCCUUUACCCUCAACAUUUUGAUAGACGACGUGAAUUACGUAAACUUAACCAUUCAUUAUUGGUUAACUUUCUCGACUUGCUGGAUCUACUAAUCCAAUGCCCCGACUCUCCUAGACGAGCUGAAAAAGUUGAUGAUAUAAGUCUAUUGUUUAUACACAUACAUCAUUUAUUAAACGAGUUUCGUCCUCACCAAGCACGAGAAACUGUUCGUGUCAUGUUAGACUUGCAGAGGAGGCAAAGAAAUGAAACCACAAUACGAUUGCAAAAACACAUAGACAAAGUUAGUGAUAUUUUACAACAAACGUUAGAAAAUUUGCCAGACACAGAGCUUGAUUCUAAACUCAUGGUGGACACAUCCAAAAUUGAUCGUUUGGAACAGAAAAAUGCCGAUGAACCUAGAGUUGACAAAUGUGUACCUAAAGAUAAAUUGAUGUGUCAUCUUAUUGAUACAAUGAAUCCCAAUUAAAAAUUAACAGUUUAUUUAUCUUUUGUUAUUGUUUUAUAUAUUUAUACUUAAAAUAUCUUAAACUAACAAUAUAAUUGUCAUUAUUUUACACUUGAAUCAUAUAUGUCCACGUAUACAUUACCUUUGUGCUUACUUAAAUUUGAAGCAAUGAAUAAUUUAAUAUACUUUUUUUAUUGAUAAUAAUUGGUUAUUAUUUGAUAACAAUACUGCUAAAAUAUCGUAAUCAUUGUUUCAUUAUGUUUAUCAACUAUAAAAUUAAUUUUUCUUAAUCAUUUAAUAAUGAAUUUUUGUAGAUUUUAGUAUUACAUGUAUUUUUUCUUACAAAUUAAAUCAAAUACAUUUGUUAUGGUA